AUGGCUGAAGAAGGAGAAUUACAAUAAUUAUUAGAAGAGUUUGAUGAUGUAGACGAGCAUAAUUAUCAUAGAAUAAACGAUUUACUCUAGCAAUUAUCAUAGUUUCCCAUCAAUUAAUUAAAAGAAUACAAAAAUUCAGUGUUGGAAAUAUUGAGAUCGAAUCUCAAAGUAAGUGAAACUGCCUUAAAACCAACACAAAUAUACACAGAUUUUUUAUCUAUAGCAGAACCUCGUGAAAAAGCAUCAUUUGAAGAAGAUAUAAAAUAAAUUGUUAUUAAUUUAGGUGAUUCAGAUGCUUAAACCAGAAAGUAUUCCCAUAUGUUUUUACUUAGUUGGGUUAAAAAGUUUAAUGAUUUAAAUAGUGUUUUAAGGGCAUUUUUGAGUUCAGGAUUCAGCUCCAAUAAUUAAACUAUAAAGCAAAAAAGCAUCAACUCUUUUUAAGGAAUAAUAAUUACUGAAGCGAGAGCAAUUGACUGGAAUUCAAAGGAAAUUUUCAAAGUAAUAGCAGAACUCCUGCAAGUAUGGCAAAAUGCAUCCCACACAAAUGUUUAGAAAGCAGCCGAUCAUGCAUUAGUUUCGCUUAGCAAGAGAGAUGAAAUGCGAUUAGCUGUCACCAAAUUAGAUAUUUCAUAAAUGAAAAUAAUAAAGUAAAUAGCAGAAAAGCAUUUAAUAUUAGGUCUGCUUCCAGAGGAAAUAGAAAAUUCAAGCAUUAUAUUAACAAAACACAAAAAAGAAAAUGAAUAGUAAAGCUAACAAUAAUAAUUGCAAAUUUUAAAUACAACAAUGAAUAAUACUUAAAAUAUUUAAAAUAAUCAAUAAAAUUCUGCAUAAAAAAAUGGUACUCAUAGCAAUGAUUAAAUAUUUUCUGACCUCCUGAGCUAGACUUAAAAAAAUAAUGAGAUCUAAUAAAAGAAGCCACUAAAGGAACAAGAAGAAAUAGAAGAAUAAAACAAUAGAUACAAAGUUAAUUCACAUAACAAUAUAGGCUCUCUGCAUAAAUUGAGUUAGCAAAACGAACUUCAAAUUAAACCAAAUGGAUUUUAAGUUAAAUCUGAGGGAUUCAUUCUAUAAUCAGAAAACGUACUAACAUAUCAUUUUGGAAUACUAAAUGACAAACACUACUAAGAUCUCAAAAGUUAAAAGGAUUGGAGAGCAAAAGCUUAAGCUGUUGAAGAAUUGGAAAAAAAUAUCUAAGAUGCUGAUGAUUUAUCUGGAAUUGAAGAGUAAUUAGAAGACUUUUUAGAUUUAGUGUUAGAUUUAACAAGUGAUAGCAACUUUAAAGUUUAAGUUACUUCUAUGAAUAUAAUAUUUGCUAUAAUUGGACUUAAGAAAUGCUAAGAAGAUAAAAUAUUUAAAAUUAUUAGCUCUUCCAUCAUUGAAAAGUUGGGAGAUAGUAAAAUAGCAAUCAGAUAAUUGGCAUAAAAAAUAAUUAUAAAGCACUUUGAGAAAUUUGAUGAAAAUGAAUGGAUUUAUGAGAUAGUCAAAAAUAUAAAAUCAAAAAGUGUUUAAUUUAAAGAGGACAGUUUAACUUUAUUAGAGAUUUUAAUCAAAGAUUUUCAUAAUAAUGGCAGCUAAGAAAACGAGAAUGGAAUUGAUGACAAAGAGCAAAUCAACUCAGAUGAAAAUCUUUAAUAUAAUAGUAGACUGCCAAAAAGAAAUAUUAAAAAAUCUAAAAAAUGCAGCUUUGAUUGGUAAAGGGUUGUGAAAGAGUUAAAUCCGCUUAUUGACGAUCCUAAAGAUAAAAUAAAAUCAAAGUGCUUAGAUUGUUUCAUCUCGUUGAGUUCCACUAUAAAUGAUUAAAAUUUAUUUACACAAUUCCUCCAAUAAAAUUUGACAAAAGAGCAAGAGAUUAAAAUACAAAGAGCUAUUAGGCCUCAAGUGUAGAGCUCUUAGAUUCAUAAUAGACUUGAUAAGAGUGGAAAUUUAAAUAGAGGAAUUGACUAUUCAAGUUAUUCGUAUCUCGAUCCUGAAUCUAAUAUGCAUUUUAGUUUUGCAAACAUAAAGAAAAAUGAGAAAUCUGAAGAAAACAAAUAUCUUCCAUCUUCAGCUAAUCCAAGUAGCCUCAACAGAUCAAUUAAUAGAUAGUUCAUAUCUCCUGAUAUUCCUAGAAAGCAAACUUAAGCAACGAAAAAUAGUAGUGAAAAUGAUUUUAAAAUAAAUACAUACAAUUUACUAGACACAAAAGGAGGUAGAUAUAGCAGCGGUAGCAACCAAUAAAGUUACUCAGCAAUGGAAGAGAGCACAUCAGUUGGUAGCAGUAUUUAACAAACACCCAAUUAACCAGAUUCUAUUAAGAAACAGACAAAUAACUUUGAAAAAGACUGCUUAGACUAUUUAGGAAAUCCAUUUGAGAAGAGACCUCCUCCAGCAAAAUUCAGUAGUGCACAAAAGAGUUAAAAAAGUACUUUUGAAGUUGCUCUUGAACAACAGAAUUAAAUGGAUAAAAGGACUAAUUCAACUGCCAACUCUGACAGAAAUAAAUCGUACAAUAUGUUAGAAUCUACCUCAAGCAAUAUUAAUACAGGAUCCCCAAAUCUCAAAAAGACAAUGAAAUCUAGCAUAAAUACAGGAGAAGGUAAUAACUACACAUGCGAGGAAGAUCUUGAACCUCUUCGUAAUCCUGAAAAUGCAAUUAACACUGUUCUAAAUGAGUUGAAAAACGGAGAUUGGGAAAGAUAAUUUAAUGCUCUUGAUACAAUAAGGAGAUUAAUUAAGUACCAUCACGAAUUACUGGCUAGAUCUGUGAAUUUUUCCAACAUACUCAAAGAGAUAAACUUGUUGAUCGAUAAUUUGAGAUCAAGCUUAGCGAAAAAUGCUAUGAUGACUAUAUCAGAAAUGGCAUAUAAAUUAAAAAAGCACGUUGAAAUACAAAUUGAUGGUACAUUUGCUAAACUGAUGAAAAAAGGCAUGGAUGCAAAUGUUUUUAUCCUUGAAGAAGUAAAAAAAGCUUUGAUUUCCUUAUGUACAAAUUGCACUCCUUAAAAAAUACUAUCAAAUUGCUUUUAACUGAAUAUGAAAUCUUCAUAAUCCAAGCAAUAUGUUCUAUAGUGUUUUGACACACUUAUCUUAGUUCACCAGGAAAAGUUAUAGUAAUUAAAAGAUUUUGAUAAGAUUGUAGAAAAUAUAGGUAAUUUUGUAGUUGAUGGGUCUCUUGAAGUUAGAAACUGUGCAAAAGUAGCACUACAAAAUCUCAGCAUGAACUGCAUAGAAAAAAAGAAGAUACAAUAAAUUUUAAUGCGCUCCAAAGAUGAAAACACUGUGAAUAAAAUUAUCAGUGCAAUAGAUUCUUUUUCAAGAGGAGGACUUGACUCUACUUUAGGUGCCACAGGCCGCUCAACAAGCAGUAUUUAUGGAAAAAACAGUAGAUCUAUUUUAUAAAAAACAGCAAGAAAUAAUAUGAACACAGGCACAAUGUAUUCAUAAUAAAGCCAAAGCUCCAACAAUAACAUCGAUUUUAUUGAAACAUACAACAACAAUACAUAAGAAAUGAAUAUUUCACCAGAAAACAUCCGCAUAACAAAGACUUAUUCUUAACAGUAGCCACCUCAUUUAAUUGCACCUAAACCAACAAAAUCUACCUCAAUAAGUAGAAUUUAGCGUUCUCCUGAUGUAUUUGAAAAUUUACCCACUUAUUUCUCAAAUGUCGAAAACAGUGACUGGAAUGUUAGACUAAACAGCAUAAAUGAUUUAGAAAAAAUAGCAACUGAAUAUCCUAAAGAGUUAAGUACUCAUAAAAGUUAUGUUAAAUUUUUGGAUUGUAUUGCUAAACUUAAUAAUGAUUAGAACAUCAAAGUUUAAGUGAAAAGCUUAGAAGUAUUUUAAUAGCUAAUACCUAUUUUACAAGAUUCAAUACAAAUAAACAUUUAAAAUGUUAUGAACAGUGUAUUUAGUUCUUGUGGAUCUUAAAAUAUGCAAAUUAAAAGAAAAGCAGAAGAGGUAUUAUAAACAAUAAUGGAAAAUGUUGAUUCUUAAUAUUUAUUUGAACCUUUGAAUAAUGGAUCUCUUUUUGCUAACCCAAAGUCAAAACCUAUUAUAAUAGACAAUUUGGCAAACAUAUGUAACGAAGUUUCCAAAAGAAAAUAAAAUAUAUUCCAUAAAAGCAUAACAAAGACAAUACAAAAACUGCUUCAAGAAAAUAAAAUAGAACUUAGACAACCCUUAAAAAAGCUAGUCAAAGAAGUUUAUGAAAUAUUAGAAGAAGAUUUAUUUAUCGGUCCUUUAGUUUCAUACAAAUAACAAAUUAUGGAUAUGAUAGAAUGA